AAGUUCCAAUUACUCGCAGCUGCUCUCUAAAAUUAGGGUUAUUUAAGACAUCAUACGCCUCUGUCAGUCACCAUUGAUACGGUUGGUGCUCCAACAGUUGUUGUCAUCGGAUUGCUCUAGCACAAAGAUGACUCUAUCAGAGGAGGAGCUCUCAAGACUUUUCAGAGUUCGUAAGACACUGAUGGAAAUGUUGUCCGAUAGGGGCUACCUUGUUGGAGAUUUUGAGAUAAAUAUGUCGAAACAUCAGUUCCUUCAGAAGUAUGGCGAGAACAUGAAGAGAGAAGACCUUGUAUUUCAGAAAGCCAAACGUAACAACAGUUCUGAUCAGAUAUAUGUGUUCUUUCCAGAGGAGCCAAAGGUUGGUGUUAAGACAGUGAAAACUUAUACAGAGCGCAUGAAAAAAGAAGAUGUCUUCCAAGCAAUCCUGAUUGUGCAACAAAAUUUGACUCCCUUUGCUCGUACCGGCAUUAGUGAAGUAUCUACAAAGUUCCACUUGGAGGUUUUCCAGGAGGCAGAGAUGUUGGUAAACAUAAAAAAUCAUGUUCUAAUUCCUGAGCACCAGCCACUUACUCCUGAAGAAAAGAAGAGCUUGUUGGAAAGAUACACUGUGAAAGAAACACAGCUUCCUCGGAUUCAGAUCACCGACCCAAUUGCUAGAUAUUAUGGGCUAAAACGGGGCCAAGUCGUGAAAAUUAUUAGACCAAGUGAGACUGCAGGUCGUUAUGUUACUUACCGAUAUGUGGUCUGAACUAGUUUUUGAUGUUUUCAUCAGUUGAAAGGAUAAUUGGUGAAAGAGAGGCGGUAGGACACUCCUGGAUUGCUUAAUGUACUGCUUAUGCAAAAGUGGAUCUAGAGCGAGUUCUAUGGAUUCCGCUGAAUCUAUUUUGUUCAACUUGAACAAUGUAUCAUACCCCAAAAAAAAAAAAAAAAAAAAACCAUUAUACAUAUAAUCAUGUGAUGGCACUCAUUCUGAAUCCACGGACUCUAGAAUUUAGAUCCUAGAUUCGCGCACAUGCUUAUGAUAUUGUAAAAGCUAAAAUGGAGCUUAAAAGUGUCGUUGGUUGAAGGGGUCAAUAUUUCUUUAUGCGGAAGGCAUUAUCCUUGCA